AUGCUAGAAGCAGGUGCGUCACCAGUGCGGCCCGUGUCUCCGGUCAGCUCUGCCUCCACGGCGGAGUUCACAGCGGGGCACGAUAUCUCUACGUUCAACCGUACUUUGGAUGCUUCUUCCAUCCACGAUGACGGUCAUUUAGUGGAAGGCGGCUCAAAGCAUUGGAUACGCGUAACCCACUUGGACCCAACCACGACAAGUAAAUCUCUCGAGUACAUGUUUUACCCGCAUGGAGGUGAUGAGGCCUUUGUUCUGUGGGAAAAUGGGGUUGUGGGGUACGUCGGGUUUGAGAAUAAAUACAUGGCUGACCUUGGAGUGGAGAAGAUGGAUGCCUUUAUCCCUUGCCGCCAGACACAAGCCCUACGUGUGACCCGUGUGUCACUGGAGGAGGUAUCGAUCGCCAGGAAUGUGGCGUGUUUUUCGUCUCAAAAGGGUCUUACGCCGAUGCUCUACUCAGAUUGUCCAGUGCAAUUCAUUGCCAAAUACAUUGAAAUGCACCGACAGCCCAGCUACUGCGCCGCUGAGUUGGUGAAGGAAGUAGCGCGGGCCCCCCGUUCUGUGUUCGCACGUGUUUUGGCCGUACUAACUGAACUAAAGUCAAGUUGGAUUUCUCUGGAAGAAUUUCGUGAGACCCUCGCACGGCAACUCCUGCAAAAUAUUCUAAAGGAGGAUUCCACAGACGUCGGGGCAAAUUGUGGUACCUUACUGGGUGAGUUGUAUGUUAUGGGGCUACUGACAGGUGACCCAUUCUUUUUGGCGUCGCGUCUGCUCCAGUGUGGUGUACAGUCCAUCCAUCAGGUUGAUAGCAUCUGCAGCAUCGCUCACGCCUGCGCCCCCAUGCCAUUCCCAAUCUCCAAGGCCUCCUUUUGGGCCCUUGUGGGGCAUGUAACACAGGAGGCCGCUGAUCACCUUCGCACCGCCCUUCGUGGGCACCUGCGGCAGUUCAAGCAGAGCAUGGAGUUGCUUUCUCCGCGUACAUUUGUUGCUCCAAAAAAUAGUUGGUUACUUACAAAUGAGCAUAAUAGCAAUUCUAAUAAUGCAUCACGUCUCUUAUCUGAGUCUAAGUCGCGUACCUUGUAUAUGUCGCACCUCCCUCCGAUGCUGCCACAGCAGACCCUCAUGGAGUUGCUGUCGGUGUGUGGUGCGGUGAACAAGAUUCGUAUAUGUCGCGGUAGCGGUUACACGACUCUCUUUGCCUUUGUGGAGAUGGCAACAGCAGAGGAGGCUCGUGCUGCCCUGCGUCUUAAUCGGACGAGCCUUCUUGGAUGCAGCAUUCGUGUGCAGAUUGCACGCAACUCGAUUCAAGAUACUCAGACAGAGGACGCUGUCAUUGAUGCUGAUGGUGCCCCGAAACGCGGAUGUCUUUUCGGCCAGCACGGAGGUGCCCUGGCGGCGGCAGUCGAAGCUGGUGAGAAAGUUGUUGGUGCUUGA